UCAUUUGCUAAUUCAAUCAACAAAUGAAUAAAAAUCGGAUGUACGAUACACGCGGGUGUACAUAAUAGACUCUCUCAACUCUUAAAAUCAACCAAAAUUAAUACUCCAUACUCCGUAUUUGAAUUUGCGGCCUUGGGGGGCACUCUAAUUUCCAAAAUUGCUCACCUACGCAUCCGCAGAUUCCGCACUGGCGCACUGCUCUGCUCUCACUCAAAUCCACCCACCAAUUCUCCGACGAAAUUCCCAUUUUCUAUCUCCUCCCUCCACCGAUGCCGGCGGCAUACUCAACGACGACACCCACAAUUCAUUCAAACUGGAGGUCUUGGAAAUCACUCUCACCACCACCCAAAAUUGAUUUCCCAAUUCGCAAAACCCCAAUAAAGUAAAAACAAAAACAAAAUUAGGGCAAAAAAAAUCAAUGGAUUUCAUAGAAUUAGAAGGAAUUGAAGGUUUGCGAUGGUCAUGGAAUUCAUGGCCGACUUCGAAAUCCGAAGCAACUUCUCUGGUAAUCCCACUUUCAAUUAUGUGUACACCAUUAGCUUUAAUGGAGUCUUCUGAGCUUCCUGUGUUAGAAUAUGAACCCUUGAUUUGUAUCAAAUGUGGGGCAAUUUUGAACCCUUAUGCUCGGGUUGAUUAUCAAUCGAAGAUUUGGCAUUGCCCUUUUUGUCAUAAUAGAAAUGGGUUUCCUAAAUCGUAUGCUUGGAUUGGUGAAAACAAUCUUCCUGCUGAACUUUUUCCUACUUAUAGUGCGGUUGAAUACCAGUAUCAGUUUAGUAAUUUAGGGGGUGGAAAUGGGUUGUCUUCUUCCUCUUCAUCUAGCUCGAUUCCGUCGAUGUUGGCCGGGGCGGUUGAUUCGAAACCCGGGCCGGCUUUCGUGUUUGUGGUGGAUCUUUGUACGCCGGAGGAUGAGCUCAGGGCACUUAAGAAUGAGUUGUUGCAUGUGAUCUCUUUAUUGCCUGAGAAUACAUUGGUGGGAUUGGUUACUUUUGAUUCAAUGGUUAGAGUUCAUGAUUUAGGUUUUGCUGAUUGUAAUAGGGUUGUGCUCUUUCAAGGUAGCAGGGAUCUCAGCUCAACUCAGAUUCAACAACUACUACAAUUUCCAACCAUGAAACAACCUUACCUUGGGAAGACCACGGUUGUCCAAAAGCAAGGCUUUCUGUUAGCAGUGUCAAACUGUGAAUUUGUUGUCACAACAGCAAUUGAAGAGAUAUGCUCUUCAGGAAUUGUUGCUCGUGGUCAUCGCUCCCUGAGGGCUACUGGAACUGCAAUAUCUGUUGCAGUCGCACUUAUAGAAGGAUGUACAGUGAAAACAGGUUCCAGGGUCAUGGUCUUUACAUCUGGGCCUGCAACUAUUGGCCCUGGCAUUGUCGUGGAGUCUGAUUGUAGCUAUUCAAUAAGAAAUCACCAAGAGUUGAUAAAUGGUUAUGCUCCUUUUUUCGAAAAGUCUUGCAGUUUUUAUAAGAAAAUCACUCAGCGAUUAUGUGAUGCUUCCGUAGUUCUUGAUUUGUUUGCUUGUUCUUUGGAUCAAGUGGGAGCAGCAGAAUUAAAAGCCCCAGUUGAAAGGUCGGGUGGAUUUAUGAUGCUCGGAGAAGUAUUUGACUCAGAGCAUUUUAAGAAAUGUUUACGUCAUCUAUUUAAAUGUGACAGCAAUGGGAACCUGAAGAUGUGUUUGGAUGCAUCUAUAGAAGUGGUGACAACUAAUGAUGUAAAGAUUUGUGGUGCCCUAGGUCCAUGUGUAUCUCUUCGGAAGAGGAAUAGUCUAGUGAGUGACAAUGAGAUUGGGGAAGCUUCUACUAAUGCAUGGAAGUUGUGCUCUCUGACAAACAAGACAUGCAUUGCUUUUUUCUUUGAAGUUAAUGACAGUCAGAAAGUUGAACCUGGCUCUGCAUUUUUUGUUCAGUUUAUUACCCGUUACCGAUAUGGAGCAACUGGGAUCCGGAGAAGAGUGACAACUGUAGCAAGAAGGUGGGUGGGGAAGAAUUCGCCGGAGAUUUCUGCUGGAUUUGAUCAAGAAGCUGCAGCUGCUGUCAUGGGCAGGCUUGCAAUUGACAGAGCAGAGAGUCAUUUUGUUAGAGAUGUCAUCAGGUGGCUGGAUGAUAAUUUAAUACGAUUUGCUUCCCAGUUUGGAGACUACAUUCAAGAAGACCCAUCUUCAUUUCGCCUUUCAUCGAACUUCUCUCUGUAUCCUCAAUUUAUGUAUUAUCUAAGAAGAUCCCAGUUUAUCAAUGUAUUUAACAGCUCUCCAGAUGAGACCGCUUUCUUUACGUUGAUGUUGAAUCGUGAAGGAGUGGUUGGUUCUAUGAUCAUGAUUCAACCAACGCUUUUCCAAUAUUCAUUUGAGGGCCCACCUAUUCCGGUCCUCUUAGAUAUUUGCUCAGUGUCUCCUGAUGUAAUUUUGCUUUUUGAUUCAUACUUCUAUGUGGUCAUUCACUAUGGCUCAAAGGUUGCACAGUGGCGGAAGCUUGGUUAUCACAAGGACCCUAAUCAUGAGAAUUUCAGAAAGUUGUUGGAAGCACCUGAACUGGAUGUAGACCAACUUAUUGCCGAACGGAUGCCAGUUCCUAAAGUCAUCAGAUGUGACCAGCACAGCAGUCAGGCUAGGUUUCUUCUCGCCAAGUUGAACCCAUCUGUAACCCAUAAUUCAAAGUAUGCUGACGGCUCGGAAAUCAUAUUCACUGAUGAUGUGAGUUUGCAAGUUUUCAUGGAUCACUUACAAGAAUUGGCGGUGCGAGGAUGAUAACUUCAUAAUCAUUCCAGGUUUUUUUUUUUUUUUUUUUUUUUUUUGGGGGGGGGGUUUGGUUAUGAAUCUGCCUUUUCUUAAUGAAAAAAAGAAGCAAAAAAAAAGUCAUCAGAUAUGGUGUUUUUAAGAGAGGCAAAUUUCCUCUUCUUUAUAUUUAACCAUUAGGAAAGGAGAGGAUAUUUGCUCUUUCCUUCUUGUGUAUGCAGUGAAUUGAUUGUUAAUUUACACAUUCAAAUAUACCAUACCAACUCAUUUUUGUAAAAAGCCUUCAGGUAUUGCUUUCAGAAGGCGUGAAUGGAAUAUUAUGGUUUCCAACCCUUAUAUUCA